CCACUGUUUCACUAUAAAUUUUCACUUCCCAUUACUUCCAUUUUAGCUGUAGCACUCUAACAUAUUUGGAUUAUUCUUCUCUCUUUCAUUUCCCCCUCCCUCAUCCACUCAUGGACAAGUCCCAACCAAAAUCUUUGAUGACCAAGACGAAAGAUGGAGUCCGAGACCGAGUUUUAGAGAAAGCGGAGAGAGCUCGAGUUCCUCAAAAGGCUCAUGUGAAGGAAAACACCAAGAAGUCCCAAGAUUUCAAGUUGCAUACGCAAGAAAGAGCGGUGAAACGAGCAAUGUUUAACUAUUCGAUAGCGACAAAGUUAUAUGUAACGGAGCUACAAAAGAAAGUGGAAGAAAAGUUGCACAAGAUGAUAGAAGAGGAAGAGGUUCGUUUGAUGAGAAAGGAAAUGAUACCAAGAGCUCAACUCAUGCCCUACUUUGAUAGACCCUACUUUCCACAAAGAUCGAAUCGACCUUUGACGAUACCGAGAGAGCCGAGUUUCUUGAUGAACAAAGAGCAAUGGAGUUGUAACACUGAUAGUGAACUUUACAGCUUUCAAAGACAAGCUUUGAAACCAAUCAAAUAAAAUCCCAACUAUAUUUGAUCUAUUAUUGUAUAGAUUUUGGGUUUUGUGUUUAAUUUUUCUGAUUCUAUUUGAUGCAUCUCAUCUUUGUACAAUUUAUUUAGUCGUAGAAAGAGAGAGAGAGAGUGUGUGAUGUUUUUGAGGCAGAGAAGAAGCAUUAUUGUUGCUUUCUGACUUUUGUUCUUUCAAAUGUGUCAAAAUAAAAUCCACUGUUUAUUACACAACUAAUAAACUAUUUCCAAAUUGAGAACAACAAUUAUGGUAAAA